AUGUACGGGAAACUAGGNAUUCAAAUGCAAAGAGCAAUGUUUGUUCUUCUAAUACUCUCUGUACCUUUGUCUGGUAAUCUAAAUACUUCACUAACAAUCUGGCAGAUCUCGGUUGGUCUUGGUGGCGCUGCGAGCAUAAGGGUCUCAAACGAGUUAGGUGCAGGGAAUCCACAAGUAGCGAAACUUGCUGUAUAUGUCAUUGUAGGCAUAGCAGUCGCCGAGGGUAUUGUUGUCGUAACGGUUUUACUGUCAAUUCGGAAAGUCUUAGGUCACGCAUUUAGCAGUGACCCUAAAAUCAUCUCAUAUGCCGCAUCAAUGAUACCGAUUGUCGCGUGUGGAAACUUCCUUGAUGGUCUCCAAUGUGUUCUGUCAGGGGUUGCAAGAGGAUGUGGAUGGCAGAAAAUUGGAGCUUGUGUGAAUCUUGGAUCAUAUUAUCUUGUAGGAGUUCCAUUAGGCUUAUUACUCGGCUUCCAUUUCCAUAUCGGUGGUUGGGGGCUUUGGCUUGGAAUCGUAACAGCAUUGGCUGUUCAAGUGUUUUGUCUUUCUUUAGUCACUAUAUUUACAAACUGGGAUAAAGAGGCAAAGAAAGCUACAAACAGAGUCGGUUCUUCAGAUGACAAAGAUGGUGUUGUCGAAUAA